ACUGAUACCAUGAGUGAAGUAUUUCGUAAUAUUAUUGGUGAAUUUCAAAUUUUCGAACUUGUUGGCGAUGAUCCACUUGAAUUGAUUAAUAAAUUUAUCGCAGCAAUUACAAGUUCUAUUAAUAUGUCAGUUAAUUUAACUCCCUUUAGAAUAACUUUAUGCUAUUAUCUCCCUAGAAAUGUUGAGGAACUUAAAAAUACAUUAUACUUUGAAAAUCUCAUUGCUAAACACUUUGAUUUCAAGAUUGCACAGGAGCCAUUUGCCGAAGGUAAAGAAAGAUAUAGUUAUUUCGAUAUUAAUACUAAAUGCAAUCCACCCAGGCGAAUAAUAAUGAAAGAGUUUUUAAGUGAAAGAGAAGAUACAUUUGAAAAAUAUCUUGAAUCUGUAGAGAUCUCUGCUAUAACUACUUAUCUUAGUAUAAAAUUCAAUUCAGCUGCAGGAAGAAAAAAUAUUCCACUU